UCUGUCACCAUGUCCAAACGUUUCUUAGUGAAAAUAUUUUGAUCAUUGGGAGAUUUGGUUUAUUCAUUUUCUGAAGUAGUGCUCUGCAAUUGCUGUGUGAGAGAAUGAAUGAGGACAUCUGUGUAUUAAAUUGCCUUCUCUUAAUCAUAAUUUGUACAUGCCUCCUUUUCAUUGGCCAACCUUUACAUUCUGCUCCCAUAACUUAUUUGUAUGCUAGCUGCACAUAACUAUUGCCUGUGUGUGUGAUUUUGUUGUUUAAAUAUAUGCUAAUUUAAUUGACUGGUUGAUUUGUUUCCUUCCCUUAGGAAUGUGCGGGCCACCUGGACCUCAGCAAGCUGAUUUCGAUCUCAAUGGAUGGUCCAAAUGUGGACAAGAUCCUCAGGGCCUUGCACACAUUGUUGCAUAAUGUUCCCGCAAGACGAGAGGACUACGAGAAGACCACCAGGUCUACCCGCUUCCCGUUGGCAUGGUGUGGGCACCGAUGGCUGGUAAACCUGCCUGUCGUGAUACGAGCGUUGGAUAUCUGGUCAUCUAUGCUGGUGUACACCAAUGCUGUGAGGAGAAAGGAGCUUCCAAAUCCUGGCACUGGGAGCUUUGCUGUAAUCGAAGAAGCCCAGAAAGAUCCCCUGACUCUACCUAAGCUGCAGUUUUUCAGGAGCAUCGCCCAGCUAUUUGAUCCGUUUUUAAGGAAGUACCAGACUGAGGAGCCGGUGAUGCCUUACCUAGGCAAAGAUCUGGCAGAGUUGAUCAAGAGUCUGAUGCGUCGUUUCGUGAAACGAGAGGUUCUGCAGGACAUCACCACAGCCCAGCUUACCAAACUGGACAUAGGUGACAAGAAUAUCUUGAUGCCGGUGCACUGUGUUGAUAUUGGCUUGGGUGCUGAGGAGGCCCUCAAGAACAGCAAAAGUUCAGACCUCAGGAUUCUUGAAUUUAAAAGGGACUGCAUGCAAGGACUCUCAAGCAUGGUGAAGAAAGUACAGGAGAAGAGUCCUCUUAAGUACAGUACCGUUAGGCAGAUGGAUUGUCUAGACCCCACAGUGAUGAGCAGUGAUCCAGACGGCUGCAAGGCAAAGAUGAAGGGACUUGUGCAGACAUUUCUGCUCAACAGGCAGCUGGCAGGAGGAGUUUGUGCUGGGGACACCAUUCUCCAACAGUUCGAUGCUGCGUUGUCUGUGGAGUGCAGGCAUGAAGAUUUCAUCUCCUUCAAGCCAAUGCAAAAGAGGCUAGAUGUCUUCCUUCAUGGCUUCAUCGGCAAGGCAUACCCAGAUCUUUGGGCGUUUUGCAAGACCCUUUUACUGCUUUCUCAUGGUCAGGCGUCUGUAGAGAGAGGCUUCUCAGUGAACAAAGAGAUCGAGACGGAGAAUAUGCAAGAAGAAACAUUGGUUGCACACAGGCUUGUUUACGACUACGUUGCAAUACAUGGGGGCGUUACCAAGGUUCCACUUACACCUGACCUAAUGAAAUCUGUCAUGGCUGCCAGGUCACGGUACCGUGUGCAUUUGGACGAACAGAGGAAGAAGAAGGAGACAGAGACACAAGGGAAAAAAAGGGCACACGCGGAGGAGCAGUUACAAGACCUGAAAGUCAAGAGGGACAGUCUACAUAAAGUUAAUGAGAGCCUGGGCAAAGAGGCAGAUGAGUUGGCAGAGCAAGCAGAGGGCAAGGCUGGGAGCAAAAUGGCACAUCUGAUUUCAAAAUCAAAUGCUCUGAGGAGGGCUGCCAAAGACAAGCUCUCCCAGUUUAAGGUUCUGGGGGAUGAAAUUGCCACCAAAAGUGCAGAGCUUAAAAGCAUGUAAAUAAUGUAAAUAAUAUGUUUGUUUCAUUGACAAUAAAUGUAAAUUGACGGCAA